UAUGUCACAUUUCAUUGCACACAAUUUUUCUCCUUUUUCUAUUUAUCAGUAGCUGUAGUGAAUUAAAAUCUGUCGAAAAUGGGGUCUAAUUCGACAUGGACAGCGAAGCAAAAUAAGCGGUUUGAGGAUGCACUGGCUAUGUACGACAAGGACACGCCCGACCGGUGGCAGAAUCUGGCCAGGGCGGUGGGCGGGAAGACGGUGGAGGAGGUGAAGAGCCACUACCAGAAGCUGGUCGAAGAUAUCGACCACAUUGAGUCCGGCAAGGUGCCGCUGCCUGAUUACAGGCCUUAUGGAGAAGCUGCCAAGGAAAAGAAAAUAAUGGAUGAUCAAGAACAAAGGUUGAGGUCUCUAAAGCUCCGAUGAAGCGAGUAGGAGAAAAGCGUACGUAGUGGCGUGGAUAUGUUGCUUGGCAUAUAGAAGGGAACAAUUGUGUUUCUUGAUUUGUCUUGUUGGUUUCUAUAUAUAUGAAGUGCACCCUGUUAGUUGUCUGCUCCAGCAGAUGAACCAAAUUCUGAUUCUGAUAAAUGAGAAUUUAUUACAUAUAGUUUUUCAGAUUAAUUGAAUACCAUUUUAUGUCAAGAUUUAUAA